AAAAUUUUGGCCGGGCCAAAGAGCGACAUCCGAAGCGGGGCUCGACAGUGGAGAUGCCCGGGUCAAGGUAAAACACGAAACAGCCGCUUUGGACAGACGUGUACCGCAGCAGACCUGACAUGAUUGACAGGCCGACAGAAGUUGUGUUGCUCUGCAGUCUGGUUUCCACUGGACUGAAAACAGACUCAUCCUCACGCGCUCACACUGUUUCCCUGAUAAUGAUGUUUUACCGGAGCUGCGCACUUCGCGAGCGAAACGAAACGCGAGGGGGUCCUACACAUGGAUGAACUGGGGGAGGAGAGAGCACAGUGAGGCUGUCAUGUAAGCUGUCUCCUCUGGGGCCACCUCUCGGCGUGCACUGCUUCCUGCCUCAGGUAGAAGCCUCAGAGUCUUUGCUGCUGAGACAUCAGGCUGCUCACUCUCCUCUCCUCUCCUCUCCCUCCCACUGUGAAAACAACACUCUCAACACACUGAAAUGGAGAAGAUCUGCUCAGAGUGCUCGGAGCCGACACUUGCGCAGAGUCUGUGCACACUCUGCAACAAGUGGUUGUGUUACCAGUGCACAGAUGUGCAUCAGCAUCAGAGAGCCCCUGCCACUUCCCAGUACAUAGACUUGCAGCAACAGAGGCCCAGUGUCACCCAGUGCUCUGACCUGCACCAGAAAGGCUCUGGCUCUCUGCCACCAAUUGGACAAGGCCCGGGGUCGUAUCCUUGUUCCCUCCUCAUGUGCCACACUCACAGACAGGAGCCCUUGGAGCUGUUUUGUGAGUCAUGUGACCUUCUGUGCUGUAGCAGCUGUCACCUGUCAUCCCACAAAAACCACAGGGUGGUGCAGAUUGGGAAGGCCCUACAGGAUCAGCAGUGGCUGUUUGAGAGCCUGAUGGUGCAGGUGGAAGAGAGGAGGUCUGCAGUAGAGAACAGUGCUAAACAGAUAGAGGACAGCAGACUUCAUGGAGUAAAGAUUGCACACAGGAAGGCAGAGAACCAGAUUAAAAUGGCAAAGAUGAUUAUGAUGAACGAGCUUAACAAACGAGCUAACCUAUUAAUAGAGCAACUGGAGAAAAUCUCAGCGGACUUCCAGAAGCGUCUGGAGAACCAGCUGCAGAGGGCAAUUGAGACAUGUGGUCAGCUGGACCACGUUCAGAAGUUCAUCACCUGGGCUACAACCCAUCACUGCAAAGGCCCAGUGCUUUUCAGCAGGGCUCUGAUUUCCCUGCAGAUGCAGCAACUGCUUGAGCUGUCACUCCGCUCCGACUCUUGGAGCCCUGUCAAGAUCAAAUUCAACUGGGAUGCUAGUUACUGGACAAAGCAGAUUUCCUCCUUAGGUCAGCUGACUGUUGAAGGGGGAACCUGCACUUACCCUCCUCAGGGCUUGACCUGCUCCAGUAUUAUGGGACCUCAGCCUAUCACCUGCUUGGCUCUGCCCCCCGUGUUUCACAGAGGACGAGAGCCAGCCUACGGGUACCAGACCUGCUAUGAGCCCCAGAUGUGUUGCCUACAUGGUAUACCCACUCAGCCAGAGCUGCACAGCCUGGACAAAAGUCAGCUAGAAGCCCCAUUUUUGAACUCCAGCUGUGUUCAGCCUGCCCUGCAUCAGAACCAGCAGCUCCAAAGGUGCUGGGACACAGAGAGCUCUUCGCAGUGCCCUCCGCCUACAUCAUCUGUCCCAGUCGCAGGAUCCAUCCAACUCAACUACAGUCGAAGCUCUACAUCACGGCCACAAGCUGCUGGCUCCCAGCCCCACUCUAGGUCAAAAUCUUAUCUUUCUUGUCGCCAGACAGAAGUUCUUCCAGACAGCCAGGCUCAGCUUAGUGGAGACCACAGCAGAUCCGGCCACUGUCAGGGGAAGCUGACGACCAGCACAGUUCUGCAGCAGGACGUCAGCCACACAGCUGUGGGCAGAGAUGUGAUGACUGAGGAGAGUUGGGAGGAGAGAUGCAGGGUGAAAGAGACUCGUGGUCAGAGAGCAGCAGCUGAAAGCAGAGAGCUGCUGGAUGCUGUGCUGCAGCAGGACAGGAGGGAGCAGAGUCCUGUGCAUCAGCAGCAGCUGCUGCAGGUUCCUCCUGCAGCAGAACUGAGAAAAGAGCAACGGAAGGCCAGAGCUGCACUGAUGCUCAGAGACCACAGGAAUGGCAGGUCUGAAUCCUGCAUACCUCUCCCAAGGGGCAUGGAUCAGAGAUCCACAUCCCUGGAGGUGUCAGUGACAGCCCACGACUGUGUGUCUGAUGUGCAGAGCAGCAGGCUUAACCCUAGUUCAGUGUGCACGAGGAGGAAGAGACGCUCCCAGAGCAUCCCAGCAGAACUGGCGGCUCCAUCCACCAGCCCUUACACUGAAAGGCCCACCGGAUGCACUCACAGCCCAGAGGCAGGUGCUGCAAAUAAGUAUGCCAUUAUGGAUCCCAGACAGAGGAGAUCUUCAGAUGGGGUGCUUUAUGUGGUCAAGGAAACCUCGUCUGAGACAACCCCCUCCAGAGGCCACCGAGCUCCUCUGCUGCCUUAUAAGACAGAACCAGAUCAUCCGUUUACUUAUGCAAAUGAAGAGACUUGCAGGGUGAACAGUGACAACAGUAACAGUGAUGGUCAGAAGGACUCAGCAAGACCCAGGGUCCCAAUGAUUUGCUUAGAGCGCCUCAAAAUACUCGUGUCUCAACUCCCCCCACACGAACGUCGGCAGAGUGACCCUUUACCUGCCAGCACAACAGAGAUGACCGAAAAUCUCCCACAGCAGACAACCUGGCAUGAUGCAGUACCUAAAGGGAAAGGCUCUGAGACCAGGAGGACCAACCGUGCACUCACAGCACCACCAUGUGCAGAGCAACAAACGUGUAAUCAGUCAGUCAGACGCUCAACCAACAGUGAGUUUGACAACCAAGGAAGACUUAGCUCUCAUAAAGCAUCCAUACAGCCUUCCACUGAUCCUACAUUUGUGCUGCAAAGUUACUCUGCAGUGGAACUGGAUUCAGAUCCAGGGUCUGUCUCAGAACAUGCAGUUGUUUCUCAGGCUAAUCCAGAGCCACAGUCAGUCUCAUAUGCAUCACCAGAUUCUGACCAAAAUGCAGAGUCUUCAUUUGAGAAUUCAGUGACUGCAGUACAGGAUCUCUGCAGUCAAACUAAUAUUGUGGGGGAUUCAGAGCCAAGUCUUGAUUCUGAGGCAGACCCAGAGUCAGAUGCAGGAGCAGGAUCAGGGGACGCCCAAGGGCUGGAUGCUGAUGCAGAAUCAGGCGAUGCUGAAACAGAGUCCGACAUCCAGCUGAUAUAUGAUCCCAGUUUUCCAGCUGACACAGAUUCUGAAGUUGUAUCUGAUCAGACUCCAGACUCUCAAGGCUCUGUGGAGUCUGAGCUUGACAUUGAAUCUGAACCUGAACUGACAACUGACGAACCACAACCGCUUUGCUCUGACCUGGAAGAGGAGACCCACACUGGACCUUGUCAGAGGCAGCUUCUGAUUGCAAACCCUGUAACUCAGAGGGGGACAGAGGAAGUACAGCCUGAACAGGACAAUGCUGAGAUGGAAAAUGAAGACUUCUGUGCUGUGUGUCUGAUUGGAGGGGACCUGCUGUGCUGUGACCACUGUCCAAAAGUCUAUCAUCUGUCUUGCCAUAUCCCAUCUCUGCUAAGCUUCCCCUCAGGUGACUGGGUGUGCAGCCUCUGCAGAGAUGUUGUACAGCCAGAGGCUGAGUAUGACUGUGAGAAUGAGAGAACAUCUGGAGAACACACAUCUGCACAUGGACUGUCUGCAUGUGACCAGAGAAAAUGUGAGCAGCUGACUCUUCUGAUCCUCAGCAACAUCCUUAGCACUCCCUUCCAUGAACCUGUCAGUCCACUUGCUCGCCAUUACUACCAGAUCAUCAAGAAACCAAUGGACCUGUCUGUGAUCAGGGCCAAACUCAGCAAGAGGAAUACUCAAAACUAUACCUCACCGGAUCAGUUUGUUGCUGAUGUCUAUCUCAUGUUCCGCAACUGUGCAAAGUUCAAUUAUCCUGACUCUGAGGUGGCCCAAGCAGGUCGCAGCCUCGAGGCGUUCUUCACCUCCAAGCUGAAAGAAGUUUUCCCAGAAAGAGUUUUCCCUGCGGCUGAGGCGGACUCUGACAGCGAUGAGUAUGAUGAGGCCUACAGGACCACUGGUGGUUGUUUCCCCUGGCCAGAGAGGAGGGAGCAGUGCCAUAGGAAGAGGAAGAGGAGACAGUCUCUCAAGUCAAGGAGACAUAAUUUCUAACCAAGGGUCACUGGGAGGCUGGAGCCAAUCCCAGCUGACAUCGGGCGGGAGGCGGGGUACACCCUGGACAGAUCCCCAGUUUAUCACAGGUCGGACAUGUAGAUAAAACAACCACACACACCCGCCAUCACUCCAAGGGGCAGCUUAGAGUCUCCAGUCAACCUAAGCUGCAUGUCUCUGGACUGUGGGAGGAAGCUGGAGUACCCGGAGAAAACCCAU